GGCCUGAGGGAUGGACGAAACGAGCCCACUGGUGUCCCCCGAGCGGGCCCAACCCCCGGACUACACCUUCCCGUCCGGCUCGGGCGCUCACUUUCCGCAGGUGCCGGGGGGCGCGGUCCGAGUGGCGGCGGCUGCUGGCCCGGCCCCCUCUCCGCCGGGCUCGCCAGGCCACGACCGCGAGCGGCAGCCGCUGCUGGACCGGGCUCGGGGCGCGGCGGCCCAAGGCCAGACCCAAACCGUGGCGGCGCAGGCCCAAGCCCUGGCCGCCCAGGCGGCGGCGGCGGCCCACGCCGCGCAGGCCCACCGCGAGCGGAACGAGUUCCCGGAGGACCCCGAGUUCGAGGCUGUAGUGCGGCAGGCCGAGCUGGCCAUCGAACGCUGCAUCUUCCCCGAGCGCAUCUACCAGGGCUCCAGCGGAAGCUACUUCGUCAAGGACCCUCAGGGGAAGAUCAUUGCCGUCUUCAAACCCAAGAAUGAAGAGCCAUAUGGGCACCUUAAUCCUAAGUGGACCAAAUGGCUGCAGAAGCUAUGCUGUCCCUGCUGCUUUGGCCGUGACUGCCUUGUCCUCAACCAGGGCUAUCUCUCAGAGGCAGGGGCCAGUCUGGUGGACCAAAAACUGGAACUCAACAUUGUACCCCGUACAAAGGUAGUGUACCUGGCCAGCGAUACCUUCAACUAUAGUGCCAUUGACCGAGUGAAGUCCAGGGGCAAGCGGCUUGCGCUAGAGAAAGUGCCAAAAGUCGGGCAGCGGUUCAAUCGCAUCGGGCUGCCACCAAAGGUUGGUUCAUUCCAGCUCUUUGUUGAAGGCUACAAAGAUGCGGACUACUGGCUCCGGCGUUUCGAAGCAGAGCCCCUCCCGGAGAACACUAACCGGCAGCUGCUACUGCAGUUCGAGAGGCUGGUGGUGCUGGACUAUAUCAUCCGCAACACUGAUCGAGGCAAUGACAACUGGCUGAUUAAGUAUGACUGUCCAAUGGAUAGUUCUAGCUCUCGGGACACAGACUGGGUGGUGGUGAAGGAGCCUGUUAUCAAGGUGGCUGCCAUAGACAAUGGGCUGGCUUUCCCCCUGAAGCAUCCUGAUUCCUGGAGGGCAUAUCCCUUUUACUGGGCCUGGUUGCCCCAGGCAAAAGUCCCAUUCUCUAAGGAGAUCAAAGAUCUGAUUCUUCCAAAGAUAUCGGACCCUAACUUCGUCAAGGACUUGGAGGAGGACCUGUAUGAACUCUUCAAGAAAGAUCCUGGUUUUGACAGGGGCCAGUUCCAUAAGCAGAUUGCUGUCAUGCGGGGACAGAUCCUAAAUCUGACCCAGGCCUUGAAAGACAACAAGAGUCCCCUGCACCUUGUCCAGAUGCCACCCGUGAUUGUCGAGACGGCCCGUUCCCACCAGCGGUCUUCUAGCGAGUCCUACACACAGAGCUUUCAGAGUCGGAAGCCCUUCUUUUCGUGGUGGUAGCCCAAGAGGCAGACAAAGACAUGUUUGAGACUUGGGCUAGGAGGAAGCCUGGGGAGUGGGUUGCAGGAAAAGCCAGAGAUGCUGGUGGAGAGCAGUGCCCUUAAGAACCCUUCUUCUCUGCUCGCCAGCCCCUCAGGGCUUUCCCAAGCACAGGGAGAAGCACAAUCGGAGGGACAGUGUGUGCUGUUGGGCCCUUCUGAUUGCUAGGGAGGGCUGGAGCCUCCAUGGGGGCAAGCUGGGAAAUUCCCUUCCCUCCCUGACACCCUGCUCUGUGGCAAUUCUCAUUAUAUUCUGCAUCAGAAAAUGAACACACAAAUACGAAUUUAAAUAUUAGUAGCAAAACCCAGGCAGAAUCCCAGAUCCUCUCAGGUCAGAAACCUGUAAUCCAGACCUAAAUUUGCAUGGACCCAGACACUCAGGUGCCUCACAGUUCCUUACUCCCAUGGACCACGCCGGCUGGGUGAUUCAGAGAGCCACUGGGUGACUCACCAGUUGGGACAGACAGAAGCCACACCUUUCCUUUGUUUUUUUUUGCCAGGUUUUCUUCCCCUUCUCCCACCAGUGCAAUAGGCUGACUAGAAGCCUCCCAACCCAGUUCUCCUGGCCAGGACACUUUUGCUCCAGAACUCUCAGUGGUUCUGCAUAUGAUCAUAGAGAUCGGCUCUGCUCUCUGCCCUCCCUAGUCCAGGCUUGCAGUUUACCCGCCAUUCAGGCAAAGGCAAGAGGGAAGAGGUGGCCCUCCCAGCAUGUGGAAGCGAUCCACUUGGCCUAAGUGUAUGCUGGGAGCUGUAAUUGGCCUGUAGGUAAACUUAUCCCAGCCUUGCUUUCUGAGUUGGGGUGAUAAACUCCCCCAAGUCCUCUAAUUUGUUCUGUUGUUAGAUAUUUUUUUUCUCAACACUUUUGACUUAGGGGUUCAGUUCUGGGUCUCAGUGAGUUGCAUCUCAGCUCAUAAGAGGACAGGAUAUUAGGUCCCUGGACUUCUUUUUAUGCUACCACUGCUGCCUGGUGGGAGUAACGGGACUCAUUCUCUUCCUAGUGGGCAGCUUCCUUUUGCUCCCGACUUCUUGUUACUGGCCAGUGUUUCCUUGGCUUCUUGGGAAGGGCAGGGCCCAGAGGAGAAGGGCCUUCAGACUGCCCCCCAGCGCCUGCCCAGCUCGGUGUGCAUCUUCAUCCUUCCAUGUCUCUUCCCUCAGCUGGCCCCCUUGCCAGGUGUCCAAGCCCUUUCCACACCAAAGCAAAGAAUGGCCUCCGGAGGGAGCGAAGAGGGUGCCAUCUGUGGCUAAGGGGCAGUUCUGCGCUACUGGACACUUCAAGAUUCUGGCACCCUGCGAUUGGUCAAUCAGCCUUGGAAAGAAACUAUCUUGACGGUUUGAAAAACAACCAAAGAAAGGGAGCGAGGACUAUGGCUCUGUGCCCUCUGCUUGCCCAGCUCCCGCUGCCCAGGAGGCAGAGCAGAGAUGUGCAGUCCUCUUGUCAGCUGGGCCAAGCUGGUCCCUUUGCCUCCCAGCCCCCAGGAGCCAGUUUCUGGUGGGGUUCCCUCCAGCUGUCAGGAAGUUUCUGGGAGCUGGCUAUGCAUGCCCUGUGGACAAAGACAUAGCUCUUAGCCCUGACAAUCUCAUUCGGCUGACCUGGAAUCUGGCCUUGGGGACCGUGGUGGCGACAGUGCCUGUGCCCAGAUUACAGGAGCAGCAGGGCUUUCGGAGGCCAGAGGGGACCCAGGUGUGUUUAGCUCUCCAAAGACCUCUCUAUACAGACCUGUUGGUAAAGCUUCCCACCUGGGCUGUGAGAGAGUCCAGGCAGUCUUAGAGGAAGCUGGUUGCUUCCCCCAGCCAAGUAGAUCCGCACAUCGCCCUCAUCUAGACCAGCUCUGUGAUGAGAAGGAAAUUGGGUCCAACGUAUGAGGGGGCUGAUCCCAGUCUUGGCAGGCAAGAAUGUGGGGUAUCCUUUCUCGGCAUGUCUCCAUUCUCCUGGAAGUCUGUACUCAGGUUGCCUUGAAUGUGGACUUGGGGAGAGUUGGGGGCGCAAAGUUGCCAGGGGAGGCUUCUGGGUGGCACUCAUGGGACAGCCCAGCUCUCUGCCAGCCCCAGGCCCUGUCCCCCUGUCAGGGAGGUGAGGCUGGGCUGGGAGAGUGCUGCUGCCUGUGUUGUUCUUCCAAUGCACUGUAGAACUUGUAUGUAAUGUAUUUAAAUCAAUGCAAAUGUAUGAAUAACAAGUCCAAUUCUGACCUUUUUUGUCUAGUGAUCUCGGGUAAAAGGAAGACAAGGUAGAAUACAAUUUUAAGGACAAAGGACCAUGUGUUUCCAUGGAGUUGCUGAGAUAAUGGCUCCUGAGUUAUACAGGUCCUCAUUUCCGAAGUCCCAGUGCUUAAUAUUUUCAUUAACUCAUUUGACACCAAAACGUGACCUGAACCUACGCUGGUAUGAAUUGAAGCUAUUUGUAACCAUCA